UAUAUACACUAGAGAUAUAUGGUCUAAGAUAAGCACAAUGUGGACGAAGUAACAAUUAUUGUCGUCUUUUGUUAACUUAAGUUGAUGAAUAAAAAAUGAAGGUUUUAACAAAAGUAAUCUUAAAUGUGAGUACUCUGACUAGUGUAGGAUUUAGUGGUUGGUAUAUUGGAAAAUAUUCCGAGCCAAAGAAACAUUUGAAUGAUGGAGAAGAAUGUCAAGCGGGUAUUUUCACCGAUAUAAACAUUAAAGGAAUGCCUGGUUUACCUUUAUUUGGAACAGUUUCUGCAGCUACUGCGUUUGUUCCUAAAGAAGGUGUAACAGAAAUGGGUCCAAAAUUAUCAACAACAACAGCUACAAGAGUGUCUGAAAUUAUGAAGUAUGGUUUCCCUGGAUUAGACAAUGUUAGAUCGUUCGAAGAUUUUGUACUUUCUUAUGAUAGGCGAAAUAGAGUAGCUCAUUGGGUGUUCGAACAUUUAACUAAAGAAAGAUUACAACCCAAUAGUGAAAUAUCACGCGAAAAAUGUGAAUUUAAAUCUGAUCCCAGUAUACAUCCCUUCUUUAGAUCAGAUAAUGCCGACUAUAAAAGAAGCGGAUACGAUCGUGGACAUUUAGCAGCAGCAGGAAAUCACAAAAUUAAUCAAAAUCAUAUAGAUCAAACUUUCUAUCUCUCAAAUAUGGCUCCACAAGUAGGCCGAGGUUUUAAUAGAGAUUCAUGGAAUAGAUUAGAAAAAUAUGUGAGGAGUUUAACUAAAGUUUAUAAGAAUGUGUAUGUAUGUACAGGGCCUUUAUACUUGCCAAAGAAAGAAGCUGAUGGUAAGAAAUAUGUACGUUAUGAAGUUAUCGGAGCAAAUCAUGUAGCAGUACCAACUCAUUUCUAUAAAGUAAUUGUUGGGGAAACAGACGAUUUAAAAUUAGAAAUGGAAGCAUUUGUAAUGCCAAAUACUCCCAUAGAUGACAAUGCGCCUAUAACCAAUUUUCUGGUUCCUCCAGAAAGUGUUGAGCGUGCGGCUGGGCUUUUAUUCUUUGAUAAGAUAUCACGUGAUAAAUUAUCUAAAAUAAAUGGAAAGAGUAUAAGUUGAAAAUAAUUGUAUAAUAUGAAAUGGAGCGGUUAAAACUACUCUUUUAAAAGCACUUCUAUAUAUGUAUAGACGUCAUUCUUACUAUUUAUUACUCUAGUCAAAUUAUGAUUACAUGUUAUGAUUUGUAAGUGAUAUUAUUUCAGAGAUCUAUAUUUGAUGUAAAACUUUUCUAUGAAAUGGAUGUGUAUAAUCUUGUUA